AUGGUUAACCUCGAGCCACUCAACGGAACCCUUGAUCCGCUGAAGAUAGCUCGCUGGCUGAAUACGUGCGAGGGUAUCUUUGAAGAUGAAGAGGACAAGGAUAAGAUCCGCGCAGCUGGCAGGGCAAUCAGUACUUCUGGGGACACUGAGAGUCUCCGCAACUGGUUUACCGAGAACCGCUCCGAACUUGAAGAGCUGAGCUGGGAGGAAUUUAAGGAGGCACUCAAGGACCAGGCGCUUGGUAGUGGUUGGCGCAUACGUGCCCUGCGCGAUUUCUUCACCACGCGCUCCGACGGCCAAACCUUGCAAGAGUACUUGACGGGGCUUGAGCACAAGUAUUUUAUCCUCAAGAGAAAUGACCCGGCUUUCAAAGACCUUUACGAGAAUCUUUAUAAGUGGUAUCUCCUUUUCAAUGCGCCGUCCAACCUUGUCGACUAG